CAAACGUGUGGGUCUGCAGCUCGGCUGGAUUUUAUGGGAAAGUCAGUUUCCCACCAUUGUGUUCUCGGCGGUUGCCAGACACUCUAACGGCUUGUAAGCUGCUGUGCUCGUGCAUGUGUGUGUCUGUGGAGUUGUGUAGAGCUGCUGGUUUCACAGAGCAGUACAGGAAGAAGCUGAGUUCAGAUUGUGUUUGAAGCGUGUAAGGGGAAGUCGGGCCGCUCUACAAACCUGUAAAUAUCUCUCUGACUUUUUGGGCUGGUGUUACUUUUCCAUCUCGCACAUCUGGACCAUCCUGCCCUUUUGAUUAUUUUUUUUUUUUCGAGCGUGGCGGCUCCCGGUGUUGCCUAGCCAGCGGUGCUAGUGGCAGUGGUGAGCUACAGGGCUGCAUGCCAUGGGCUGCGUCUUCUCCCUGCCAGAGGACAGGAGAGAUGCUGCUGAGAGGACACUCACCACAAGAGAGACCAGUUUCAUUGAGAAAAUGAAGAAAACCGGAAAGAACAUCAUUGUGUUCUACGGGUCUCAGACGGGUACAGCAGAGGAAUUUGCUAACAGGCUGUCCAAAGACGCUCAGCGUUACGGCAUGAAGGGAAUGGUUGCUGAUCCAGAGGAGUAUAGCAUGGGGGAACUGUCCCGUCUGUCUGAGAUUAAAAACUCGCUCGCCAUUUUUUGCAUGGCCACCUACGGAGAAGGAGACCCAACUGAUAAUGCACAGGACUUUUAUGACUGGCUGCAGGAAAACGAUGAUGAGAAUCUCUCCGGAUUAAACUACACUGUUUUUGGUUUGGGCAACAAGACGUAUGAACACUACAAUGCAAUGGGGAAAUAUGUGGACAAAAGGCUGGAGCAGCUGGGGGCAACACGCAUCUUUGAUCUUGGUAUGGGAGAUGACGAUGGCAAUUUGGAAGAGGACUUUGUUUCAUGGAGAGAGCAGUUCUGGCCGGCUGUCUGCGAGCACUUUGGAGUGGAAGCCUCAGGAGAUGAAUCAAGCAUUCGGCAGUACGAGCUGAAGGAGCACACUGACAUCAACAUGAACAAAGUGUACACUGGAGAGAUCGGCCGCCUGAAGAGCUUUGAGGUCCAGAAGCCGCCUUUUGACUCCAAAAACCCCUUCCUGGCUCCAGUGACUGUCAACCGCAAACUAAAUAAAGCUGGUGACAGACAUCUGAUGCAUCUGGAGUUGGACAUCACAGGCUCCAAGAUCAGAUACGAGUCUGGAGACCACGUUGCAGUUUUUCCCACAAACGACUCUGCGCUGGUGAACAAGCUGGGACAGACACUUGGGGUUGACCUUGAUGUGGUUAUCUCUCUCAAUAACCUUGAUGAGGAGUCCAACAAGAAGCAUCCGUUCCCCUGCCCUACCACCUACCGCACGGCCCUUACUCACUACCUGGACAUCACUCACCCUCCUCGCACCAACGUCCUCUACGAGCUGGCGCAGUACGCCUCUGAUCCCAAAGACCAGGAGAAUAUGCGCAAGAUGGCCUCCUCCUCUCCCGAGGGCAAGGCCCUCUACCAGAGCUGGGUGUUGGAUGCCAGCAGAAACAUCCUCGCCAUACUGGAGGAUAUGCCGUCACUGAGGCCUCCUGUCGACCACUUGUGUGAGCUGUUGCCCCGUCUCCAGGCUCGCUAUUACUCCAUCGCCUCCUCUUCAAAAGUUCAUCCCAACAGCAUCCACAUCUGCGCCGUCGUGGUCGAGUACGAGACCAAGACUGGCCGCACCAACAAGGGAGUUGCAACCAAUUGGCUGAAAAACAAACUGGUCACGGACAAUGGGCACAAGUCCGCCGUCCCCAUGUACAUCCGCAAGUCUCAGUUCCGCCUGCCGUUCAAAUCCACCAACCCGGUGAUCAUGGUCGGCCCUGGGACUGGAAUUGCUCCUUUCGUGGGCUUCAUCCAGGAGAGAGGCUGGCUCAAACAGCAAGGAAAAGAGGUUGGAGAGACCGUGCUGUAUUUCGGCUGCAGACAUAAGAACGAGGACUACAUCUACCAGGAGGAGCUCGAAGGCACAGAGAAGAACGGAGUCUUAACACAGCUGAAUGUUGCCUUCUCCAGAGACCAGGACCAUAAGGUGUACGUGCAGCAUCUGCUGACGAAAAAUAAGGAGCAUGUCUGGAAGUUGAUUCACACGGACAAUGCUCAUAUCUACAUCUGCGGAGAUGCAAAAAACAUGGCUAAAGACGUGCAGACGGCUUUCUACGAGAUUGCGGAGCAGGUGGGAGGCAUGACGCGCACCCAGGCCGUAGAUUACGUGAAGAAACUGAUGACCAAGGGACGCUACUCACAGGAUGUCUGGAGUUAAAGAGCCUCAAACCUGGCUUCACUUCGUGCACAUACAGUAGUAGUUUUAACGGUUUUUAUCGUCUGCCUUGGUCUGGACUGACUUAAAGAAACAAAUGAAUCCAUUUUAAACCUUGUGUUCAUACUCACCCUGGUUCACCUUGACAGCGACAGCUAACUGAAGAAAAUGAGGCAAACUCUACCUCAGCAGAUCUUACUAAACCAAUAGAGCCACCUCCUUACUUUUGUUUGUGGAAAGACAGCUUGUGUUUGAUGAGAUCCUCACACGAUCCUAAUCGUUUCAGCCCCGUGCUGUCCGGGGAGUGUAAAGAGCCUCCGAUUUAUAAAUGAACGAAUUGGUGUAGAAUCCCACACGCUCUAAAUUCUUAAAUCAUGAGUAUUGGAUGCACAAGAGUGUCAUUUGAUUUUGUUUAAAUGUUUUAUUUUUUUUAUUAGCCUCAGAUUUAAGGUGUCACACCACAGCAGUUUAUGAUUCAUCGUGUGUGCGUGCGUGUGCGCGUGCGUGUGUGUGCGCGCGUGCGUGUUGCAGUGUAAACACUCAGAGUAGGCUGAGACAUGAAUGGACUCUGACUAUUCUCUCUGAGCUGAUUCAUUAGCCGUUUCCUAGCAACAAUAAAUAUCUAAAAUGUUUUUAUUUGGUGUAACAAACUGACAUCGCAGGUACAAUUAUGUGUUUACCUUUGUGUUUUGACAAGGGGGUUAGCCUUUUAUGCAGAUGUUGCUGUUCAUUUGAAAGAAGAAUGGUAACAUUUCGAGAGGCACCGAAAAACAAGAGACGAUCAUAUAUAAAAACCAUGAGAUUAUGUGCUUUUCUUUUCUUUUAAUACCCUGCCUUUUAACAUAGAGAAAAUAAAUAUUUUUAACCAGUGAUAUUUUAAAGCAUUUUGUAUGUUAGAGCCUGCCUCCCAU